ACGUGAACAAAUAUUUGCUUUGAACCGUUCAUCUGAGGUGGACGUGGAUUUCGCCACUGCAAAGAUGGAGAAUAUUGAAGAAAAAAGUGCACAGGAAAGUAAGGAGAUGAAAGAUGGACAGGAUGGUAGAGAAGUGGCAAUAAUACGCUUCCCAUGGCGUAGGAAUAACAGUUGUCCGGGCGGCCGCCCUGGGGACGAUGGCACUAAACCUGGAGAGUACAUUCUACAGACUCUUUUUCUUGAGUUCUGUAAUAUGGCAGAAAAGAAAGUAGAACAAGUGCUUGCUGAACCUCUGGAAAAGCUUCUAUCAAAGUCUUUACAGAGAGGAGAAGAUGCACAAUUUGAUCAAUUGUUGAAUUCCUUUGGGUGUCUGGCUGAACAGUGUCUACCAUCCAUUCUACGCAGUCUUUUCCGUUGGUUUGAACGUCAAAAUCUGAUGGAUGAGUGUUCGCAACCUGACACUCGACAACGACACAGAAGCAAAGGAAGUAAAGAUUUUCUCUGUGAACGAAGAGAUCUUGCUGUGGAGUUUGUGUACUGUCUGGUACUCAUAGAGGUCUUAGCUAAGCUGAGUUUCCAUCCUGGACAUAAUGAUCUGGUAACCUACAUAAUCACCCAGGCUUUUCGACAUUUCAAAUACAAAGACGGUAUACAAACCAAUCCCAAUUCAGGGAACAUCAGCAUCCUGACUGACCUGUACUCGGAGGUUAUUGGUGUUCUUGUCCAGUCCAGAUUCACAGCAGUAAAGAAACAUUUUAUGUCCGAGUUGAGGGAGCUAAAACUUCGCGACCAGACCCCAUAUACUGCACAGAGCAUCAUCAGUUUGCUUACCAGUCUUAAGUACUUCAAGGUUAAGAUGCACCCAAUAGAGGACUUUGAGGCCUGUGUGAUGUUUAUGCAGGAUUUAGGGCAUUACUUUUUGGAGGUUAAGGAUCGUGACAUCAAGCAUGCUCUUGCGACUUUAUUUGUUGACAUUCUUUUGCCUGUGGCUGCUACGGCCAAGAAUGAAGUGAAUGUACCAGUGCUAAAGAACUUGGUGGAUAUGCUGUACACACCAGCACUGGAUUUGACAAUGAAGAAAAAACACAUAUUUCACUGUUUCCCUCUUGUGACGUGCCUAUUGUGUGUGAGUCAGAAGACAUUCUUCCUUAACAACUGGCCAUACUUUCUGACCACACACUGCCUUUCACAGCUGAAGAACAAGGACCAAAAAAUAUCUCGUAUGGCUCUUGACUCUCUGCACAGACUUCUGUGGGUGUACAUGGUGAGGAUAAAAUGUGAGAGUAACACUAUUACUCACAGUCGUCUACAGAGCAUUGUCAGCAGUCUCUUUCCAAGGGGCUCCAAGAUGGUCACCCCCAGGGAUGUACCUCUCAACUUCUUUGUCAAAAUAAUCCAGUUCAUUGCAAAGGAAAGACAAGACUUUGCUAUGAAGGAGAUUAUAUUUGACCUGCUGUGUGUGGGGCGUUCAGCCAAGAUUCUGACACCAGAGCGAAUGAGUAUUGGUCUGCGAGCAUUCCUUGUCAUCGCUGAUAGCCUACAACAGAAGGAUGGUGACCCCCCAAUGCCACAGACGCAGGCUACUUUACCCUCUGGAGCCACAGUGAGGGUCAAGAGGACCUUUCUCAAUAAGAUGCUGACUGACCAAAUGGCAAAAACUAUAGGCCUAGCUCAGUAUUAUCCCCACAUACUCAAAGCAUUUGAUUCUAUGUUACAUGCACUAGAUCUACAGGUGGGGAGACAACUCCUCCUUACCAAGUUAGAGAAUGUCAACAAGGAGCCAGAUGAACUGAUGACUGGAGAAAGAAAGGCGAAGAUAGAACUGUUCCGAACCUGUAUUGCUGCCAUCCCUCGGUUAAUUCCAGAUGGAAUGAGCUGUCAAGAAUUAGUGGAACUGCUUACAAGGCUUACAGUUCACCUAGAUGAGGAGUUAAAGGGCCAUGCAUUCCAGGCCCUACAAAACUUGAUGCAGGAGUCGCCAGUGUGGAGGGAACAUGUGGUGAGAGGUUUCGUACAGUUUGUACAACGAGAUAUCAGUGAUACUAAUACACAGCUACUGGACGGUGCCCUGCGACUUCUGAUGCAGCUCUUGGUCCAGUGGAAAACUAACAUUGUUACUGCACAACAAAGGGAACGUACAACAGGCGACAACGCUACCCAACUGCGGACAUUACCAGAAGCAACCAACAUUUUGGUAUUACGGGAGGUGGAAGGUCUCUCACUGGUUAUGUUGUGUAGCUGCCGUGUUGUUACACGCAAACUGGCUGCCCUCCUUUUAAAGGAAGUCAGGAACAUCUUUACCUGUUGCCAAGCACAGAUGUCUGAACCAUGCCUUCUAGAGAUGAUAGACAAGGCCUGUCCAGAUGUAGUCAAAAGACUCCUGCUGUCCUUGCCAGCAUCAGAAAAGCCUAUUCUUCUGACCUCCCCAAACAUUGACCUGGCAUGGGUUAUUGACCGUGCAGCCUCGGUCUGGAACCCUAUUUCAAAGGAGAACAACAUAGAGGAGAGGUCAGAGUCUGCCUUUUCCAAGGUUGACCCCUGGAUGAGGUGCAUAGCCACUUUUGUGUCCAGUGAAUAUGGAAUGACCCUUUGCCCUCAUGCAGUUGCUGCUUCUUGGCCCAUUGUCUACACACGUCUGGUCAGCAUGCACACACUACUGGACCCUAACAACAUGAUCAAUGAAUUCCGCACAUCGUCCAUCUUGAGAUCCGGAACAUCCAGUAAGAAACCAACAACAGAAAAAGAUGUACACAUGCAGUUAUGGCAGAACUAUGUCAUCCUGGCAUGUUCUGUAGCUCAGAAGGACAGCCUCAUUUCCUAUCGAUGUGCUUCACCUGAGCAGGGGUCAUCCCCAGAGUCAGAGAAAAGUGACAGUCGUCAGGCUAGCACCAGUUGCACAGACUUGUUCAAACUCAUUGUACCACUGAUGAAGUGUGAAAACUCUGACAUGCGAGACACCAUUGUCAAUGGUCUUGGCUAUACAAAUGCUGCUGCCUUUAGGGACCUCAUUGAUGAGUUACUUCCCUUCCUCAAGGAAGCUAUUGAACGCAAACAAGAAACCAAGAAUCGACGUCGUAAAAAGGACACUCUUCGAGUACAAUUGGCUCAUAUAUUUGAACUGAUGGCAGAGAACAGAGCCUUUGCCCAGAGUGAGUCUGGUGUGAUUGACACAGAAUCUAGCUGCCUGAUAAAGACCUUUGUAGAGUACAUAGAUGGGGCACGUCAGUACCUGGAGAGUGAGAGUGACCGCGACCUGCCUGUCUUACAUGAUAUUCGUCUACACUUCAGCCGUUUUGUCCGUGAGCUCAUCGCUCACACACCAGCGGAGUUUAAGAGAAGUUUGUUGACCAGAGAUUUGCGAUAUAGCUUGUUCCACCUGUUUGCCAGCUGGAGUGGCAAGUUCAGCCACACCAUUGGAGAUACAUUGGACAGAAGAUUUAAUAAAGAUGAGAGCUGCUCUGAGCUGGAGCUGUCAGCUGUGAGAGCCAUGUCUGCAGUACUGUGCUGUGGACCUGUGUUCGACCCAAGUGGCCUGAAUGAUGAUGGAUACAUAUACCAGUGGCUGGAUAUGUUAUUGAGUUCUCAUAAUGAUAGGAUUAAGGAGCAGAUAUAUGAGCUGGCUAAGGAGACAGUGGUACUACUUCUGGACUUCAAUCCUGAUACACAGGGACUCCUCGAUUGGGUCAUUGAUCGUUGUUAUACAGGUGCUAAUGAGGUGGCAGAUGGAUGCUUCAAUGCACUUGCAGCUGUAUUCCAAACAAGGGAAUACCCAUGUGACCAUGUUGCUAUGCUCAACCUGGCUGUAUUGAAUGUGGGAAGUCCGCGAACACAGACACAUGAGACUGCGGUACAUCUGCUCCAUCUACUGGACACACGCUUCUUCCAGGAGACACCUGUCUUCACUGACUCAUCUGAUGAUCAGCGACAACAAAGUCUGCCACUCAAUGAUAUCUUAAUCUCUGUAUCAUACUGUCACUCACAGAUGUACUUGUCAGAGCAAUUAGCUCGUGUGCAGCCUGACCUCACAAUGCCGAUGUUCUCUGAAAUAACCCAUCGGUUCCAGACUGCCAAGUCUGCAGUUCGUCAGAUGUUACUGAAAUAUAUGCUGCCUUGGUUACAUAACAUGGAGCUGAUGGACCCAUCACUACCACAGUCCUCUCCACUAAACAAUUUUCUGACUCGGUUACAUGACACACACACAGACACAUUCAAGCCUCCUCUUAAAGGUGAAGGCUGGGGAUCUCCGGAGGCUACCAAGAUGGUUCUGAAUAAUCUUUUUCAUCUCACAGUCAAGUUUGGAGAUGACCAUCCGAGAGAAGUGGAAGAUCUCUGGUCAUCUCUAGUCAUCUGUUGGCCAAACAACCUCAAGGUGGUCAUCCAUUACCUGGUUAUCAUCACCAACAUGGCUGCUUCGGAACUGCUACAAUAUGCUAAGCGUGUGGUGAGCUACCUGGGCCGUGCCAAGCCAGAGCGACUAGUCGACGAGCUGAUGAAUGAGCUACAGACUGUGGAAACGCUGAAUAUGAGUAUAGAGCGCACACAGACUCCACCUUUCUUCCGGCUCUCUCAGAUCAAGAAAAGUCUGCUACAUAUUAACACCACUGAUGAUGAAAAGGUGGCGACACAAUUCACUGACCACCCCCUGGAAAAGGGUACACUACAUACCAAGAGACACAGCGCCAACGAUGACCUACCUAGUGAAAGCACGCCUCGCACAGAAUCAACCACAUCACUAAGGAGUUCCUCCAGUGCUUCAUCCAAUCCAGACCAGUUUUUAAUGGACGAGGAUCUACACAUGCCAACUGGUGGCAGGGCUAGUGAACCGAGGCGGAGUGAAUCACCACUACCUUAUCCCUUACCAAUGCCAGCUUAUGGAGGGUAUUUUGCUCCCCUCACUGAAUACCUGCCAGAAAAUCUUCAUCCCACAGCUGGCUUUCAUAGGAGCAACAUAGCAGUAAUGUUCCUGUCAGACCUGGUACUGGACGGCCUGGAGAUUGACUGGUCAGCUCAUCUGCCACUCAUGCUACAUGUCAUAUUCCUAGGCCUGGACCAUAUGCGGGGAAUGGUGUAUGAACACUGUAAAAAGUUGCUGGAGAACUUAAUGUUACUUGCUGCUGCCCAGGAACAUGAAGGUGUAGCCCGGAUCCUGCUGGAGUACCGUAGCAAUAUCACUGACACUCUCCGCCUCAUGGCAGCAGAUGACAAGGACAUGCCCAAUACCUUAGAUGGUCAAGAGAAUGAAUCAGUAGGAAGGUCAACAUUUAGCCUGGACAGUGGUCAAGCAGUGCUGACCCCAGACGUGUCCACUCCUAUAGAACAACCAGCUGACUCGGACUCCCUUAACACUGUAGAGGAAGUUGUUAAGGCAAUUCUGGAUUUCAUGGAUGCUAAACGUGGGCGUCCCUUAUGGAGCUGUGAAGAUAUCACACCUCGAACACUCAACACCCAAAGUGCAGUGCGUCUGGAAUAUUUUCUCAAAUGUGUUGUGAAAUGCUUCAAAGAGAUGCAGCCUUUAGCAUUAGUGGAACAGAGAUGGUCGCAAGUGGCACUCCAGCUAGCUCUGUCAUGUUCCUCGCGCCACUAUGCUGGACGAUCUUUUCAGGUUUUGCGAGCCUUACAUAUCCGCCCAUCAACACAGAUGUUGUCUGAUAUUUUGUCUCGCCUGGUGGAGACUGUUGCAGAACAAGGAGAGGACAUGCAGGGAUAUGUGACAGAAAUCAUUUUGACUUUGGAAGCUGCUGUUGAUAACCUUGACCUUGAAUUUCGGCCAAUGGACUUCAUGAGGGAAUUGUUUAUUUCUACUCCAAACCUUGCAAAAGAAGGGGGUUCUGAGGGAAGAAAGAGCUGUGCAUUAAUGGCUCCCCUCCAGCCUUCACCCCAUCAUGCCCGCAGCACUAGUUACUCCCAGGGCCCAGCUCAUCGCACUGCCCCUCACUUAAGAAUUCGUAGUGGUACUGAAAUUGAGAGUCGCAUACGAGCCAACAUGCCUAGGUCACGGAGUGCACAUUCCCUAAAGAAUCUUGACCAGAAUGGGACUGAGGACAAAUUGACCAUCAUGUCACAAAUGUUUUGGAUAGCAGUGUCUCUCCUUGAGAGUGACUUUGAGUAUGAAUUCUCACUGUCUGUCAGGCUAUUGAGUAAGAUUUUGACAAACAUACAACCAGAGAGACCAGAGUGUCGGGAACGUUUGGAAAAAAUCCAACAGCAGAUAAAGUGGACAAACUUUCCAGGGAUCCAGACUCUUUUGUUAAAGGGGUUUACAUCUGGUGCCUUAUCAGAGCUCACAUGGUCACUGUUGUCGCGCUUAACCGUGUGUAUAGGUGCCCCUGUGGUAGACCCCACAGAAAACUUGGGUUUCCCUAUGAAUGUUGUUGCACUGUUACCCUUACUGGUACAGAACUACGAGAAUCCAAGCCAGGGCUGUCGGGACGCCGCUGACCAUAUUGCCCAGGUUUGUUCCCAGAGAUCAGAUCGCCUGAACAACUUGGGAACUAUCAUGUCAUUAUAUAGCCGUGGAACAUUCGGUAAGGACAGCUUCCAGUGGACAAAGUGUGUCAUCAAAUAUCUCCUUGAUGUUUAUGUUCCAGCUUCCUACAGUCUCAUCUCCUUCCUUGUAGAGGUACUAGAGAAGGGUUCUGGUACAAACCAGUUAGCAGUCUUUCAGAUUCUACACUGUAUGGUACACUAUAUGGAUAUCAACACCACUCCAGCGUCUUCUCUUAACCCAGAGCUCUUCCAUACUAUCUCCAAGCAUGUCCAGGGUUUCCAUUGGAGGGAGGCAUUGAAGAUCUUAAAACUAGCUGUAGGACGAUCAUCCACGCUUACUGCCGCACCACCUUCAGCCCAUACAAAUGAAGUCGGAACAUUUAUGUCGCAUACAUCUUUUGCCGAGGCUGAGGUCAUUACCCGCAAGGAACUGCCAGGACGCACACUGGACUUUGCUGUAGACUUCAGGGAGGUGGGCAUUAUAGGGAGAAAGUUUGUCAACACAGAAAUCCAUGGCUCCCUGGAUGGCAUUCCAGAGGUUCAGUCUUCUCCUGCAAGGAAAGGAAACCAGGAUCAUGACUCUGUUUGGAAGAAACCACAGAAUUCACAGACAAGGGUACGUGAGAGACUGGCAGAACUACUGACAUGCUAUGGACAGAAACGUCUACCAAAGAGCCCAUCGGAUACAUUUAUUAACAAGGUGAUCUUCAGCCAGUCAAGUGACACACUGGAUCACCAGCACAGUGUAGCCUCCAGUGGAGAAGAGACCUCCAUACCAGAUAAUGCUGCAAGCGACAUCCUGCUCAGUGAGCCGAAUGUUAACGACAUUAAUUUGACCAUCAAAGGUUUCGACUUUCUGGACAACGAGUUGGAGGAUUCAGAGGAGAAUGAUUUCUAUCCAAGCUUAGACAGACGGCACUCAUUCAACCUCAAUUCUCCAGAAAUUGAGAGGGAGCGUCACCAUCACUUUGGUAGUGUACCUGACCUUAAGCUUAUUGGUCACCUGGCCAUUGCUGAGAAACCAGUGACACCUAGUGACAGCAUCAGUUUAAAAGAGGAGAGAAUCUCAGACAAUGAGAGUGAGAACAUGACCCCUGAGGACGAUGGCGUGCCCCAGAACCUACCAAUGGGGACCACCAUUACCAUACAGAACCCCAUGUUGGAUGAGCGUCGUCACUCAAGUCCAAUAACCACAAGCUCCACUCGCAGUCUACACAGUACCAACAGUGAACUUGAUCUGGUUGAACUGAGUUCCAGUACGGCCUCCCCCAGUUUCUCUGGUCUCCAGUCAGUUUACCUGUACCUGACCAUGCAGAGUGACGAGGUCGAGGAUGCAUGGAAAUCUCACAUGGGGCGUAUCAUGUCAGGAUCAUCAGCCACCCUGAUGCUCAAUACCACACAGAUCUUCCCAAGGCUGUACAAGGAAUUACGUAGAAGACUAGACACCAUGACCAAGGAAUCCAGCUACUACAUUGCAAAAACAGAAUCACUUAAACAGAUUGCCACCUAUUUCAGGCAGCUUCUGGAUACCAUGUUCAUCCAUAUUGACUGUCCUUACUUCUUCACUGACAGUGACACGUUGAGUGGAAGUCGUGUUGCUGACAGACACAAGUUCAGCCUCCUAGAGAUGCAGGAGUGUUUUGAAACCUACUGUAUGAGGAAGGACCAAGCAGAACAGAGUCUGGAGUCCAUCAAGUCCUCUAUCAAACAGCAAUCCUUGGGGGAUGGAGGUAACAGUGUAGCCGGCUGUAGUGAGGAACAGAAGCUAGAUCUGUGUCGCAAGCUGUAUCGUCUGAUUUUCCAGCUCGUCCAGCUGUUUGAGAACUACAUUAAGCUGAUGGAGGUGUUCACCAACGUGAGAGCAUCACCACAGGUGGUAGAUAUAUCAUCACAAGUGUCAUCUCUGAAGGAGGAGGUCACACAGGCACUCAGUGAGAUGGAAAAUGGUCAAGACUCGCCUGUCAACAUUGACUCAGGAAAGGUACUUUCCAAACAGGAGGCAUUAUCCAGCUUGGCUGAAUAUGUCAAUGGUCAGCAGUAUGUAAAGGCCAUACAGCUUCUCCGCUCCUUCAGGUCUCUUUGGCCCAAUGACAUGUUUGGUCAGGCUACAGAAGAUGAUAUCAUUGUUCUGCUUAACAUCUUCUGUACCUCCCAGGCUGAUAAAAGGACAGGUGUAUUUGCCCUUAUUGGGUUAGAUGUAGAUCUCAGUCAUGUACACAGCCAGCUCAUGACCAUUAGUGUCCAGAUGUCUGGUUGGUCACUUCUUCCACUCGGAGUAUCUAAAUCUACACCAGAUCUGACUCACCUCAGCCUGACAUCUGAUUCAAGUACUUUGUGACUAGAUGAAGAACCGACUUCUAGCACCAUGUGACAAUGCCUAGCGCCAUCACUAGCACUGUAGAUUGGGUGUUCUCUAAAAUCAUGCAAUGAUGCUGAUGGUCAUCUCCAGAAUCAUGUUUCUGAUGCCGUUAGUGAACUCCAUCAACAGACAAAAUCAAUUUUUUUGUGGAAUUCUAUUUUCACUGAUUUCUGAAAUUUUUUUUUCCAUGAAUGGAUGACUUUAUAAACUGAUAGAGACAUGACAUGGAAUUUUAGUAUUAGUGGAUUUCUGAGUAUUCUGUAUCCACAAAAAAUAAGUGCCCUUGAAAUGGUAAUUUUUGGGGAAACAAAAAACAAAAAAUUGGGAAACACAGGAUUUGUCAGAAGUUAGAGACUGUAUGUUGUUGAUACUUUCAUACGACUAUAGUGUAAGGUGUAUAUUCUAUCAGAGCCAAGUACUUUAUGACUUAACCAAUGAUAAGCUUGAAGAGCAAAGGAUUUCAGUGUCAUAAGCAAGACUCAGUGAAGAAAACAGAACAUUGACCAGCACUGAAAGUAAGCAAUAAUAUAUAUUAGUCCCUGUGUAUACCAAAGGUUGUAUGGACGCUGGUGAUGUAUAAUAAGGAAUCCUAUAUAAACAUUUGUACAGUUAUUUAUUUUAAGAUAUUUAGAAGCUGUCUCUUUUUUCUCUCCGUUUGACACCUGUGACCGACUCUUUGUAGAUAUGACUUUACUGUAAGAGUGAAUCAAGUUGUUUUGUGAUAUUUGUAUCUGUGUAAACUACUUCUAGUCAGGAGAUACAGAUUUUGCUGAUGUAUUGAUCAAUUUAUCUAUCUGCUUUGCUGUAUUUAUACAUGAAUGAUAUGAUACAGUAUAAUUAUACUGAUAUAAAUGAGAAAAAUACUGUGACUGAC